CAGGACAGCCACAUGAUCCCCAAUGGAGAACAGUACUGAGGUGACUGAGUUCAUUCUCGCAGGAUUAACAGAUGACCCAGAGCUCCAGAUACCACUCUUCAUUGUCUUCCUUCUCAUCUAUCUCAGCACUGUGCUUGGGAACCUGGGAAUGNUAGGGUUGAUCCUGCUGGACUCACACCUCCACACUCCCAUGUACCUUUUCCUCAGUCACCUAUCUCUCGUGGACUUUGGUUAUUCUUCAGCUGUCACUCCCAAAGUAAUGGCAGGUCUACUUUCAAUAGACAAAACCAUAACACACAGUGCUUGUGCCACCCAAUUCUUCUUCUUUGUAAGCUUUAUAACCACAGAAAACUUCCUCUUGGCUGCCAUGGCUUAUGACCGCUAUGCAGCAGUAUGUAAGCCCCUUCAUUACACCACCACCAUGACUACAAACACAUGUGCUUUUCUGAUCAUAGGCUCCUAUGUCUGUGGCUUCCUGAAUUCCUCUGUCCACACUGGGAACAUUUUCAGGCUCUCCUUCUGCAAGUUCAAUGUGAUAGACCACUUUUUCUGUGAUGCACCACCUCUCCUGGCCCUCUCAUGUUCAGACACCUCUGUCAGUGAGAUGGUGAUUUUAUUUGUGGUGGGUUUCAAUGAUAUCUUCUCUAUUGUGGUCAUCAUGAUAUCCUACCUGUUUAUAUUCAUCACUAUUCUGAGGAUGCACUCAUCUGAAGGACGCCAGAAGGCCUUUUCCACAUGUGCUUCCCACCUCAUUGCAGUCUCCAUCUUUUAUGGAUCAGGCAUCUUCAUGUACUUGCAGCCUAGCUCCAGUCACACCAUGGGAAGUGAUAAGAUGGCAUCUGUGUUCUAUACAAUGAUCAUCCCCAUGUUGAACCCUUUGGUCUACAGCCUGAGGAACAAAGAGGUCAAGAGUGCAUUCAAAAAGGCUGUGGAGAAAGCCAAAAUUUCUCUAGCAUUCACAUUUUAAUUAUAUAAAGUCUGCACAAAGG